UUGGUGCGUGCGGGCAAACGGACAGAGCAGCGUGCAUCCUGGCGAGACAAAGGUGGAGAACGGAAAGAGGGGAAACCACAAUCUAGAUACAGGUAUAUUGAGUUCACGUGUGCACAAAAACACCGAAGCUGUUCAAAACUGAGUCGUUUUGGGGCAAGGCUAAGCACGAUUCCGCCUGAAGUCUCAUGUUCGGACCUGUACGCGAUGCCUAGUCCUAUAUUCCACCCGGAGUUUAUGGAUCGUGAGAUGAUGGUUAGCGGCCAGCGCGCGGGACUCAGCCUCACUGGGGAAAUCGAGUUGGAGCCAGCGGACGAACAACAUCAGGAAGCGCUGCGAAUUGCCUUCGACCAGCUAUCACUCAUGGAAAAGGCGAAUUGUGGUGUUGGAGGCCUCGGCGAUUCCCUUGACGCUGCGGGCUCCAUUUCCGAGGUUUGUAAUAACGUAGGAGGAGGAUAUGUCGGUUUGGCGAUACUGGAACCUGCCGACGGUGGUUCGCUUGGAUCCCCGACUUCCUGCUCUCCUUCCCCGGAAUACUACGGCCCUGGUGGAUACCACAUGGUCGGCUCGCAUAGUCAGCCGAUGGAGCCUAACUGCAGCAGAAAGAGGAGCGUUAAUAUGACUGAAUGCGUACCCGUGCCGAGCUCGGAACAUGUUGCCGAAAUUGUCGGGAGACAAGGCUGCAAGAUCAAGGCCCUACGUGCAAAGACCAACACAUACAUUAAGACCCCAGUUCGCGGAGAACCACCUGUGUUCAUCGUGACAGGGCGCCGGGAAGAUGUCGAGAUGGCCAAAUGCGAGAUUCUAUCUGCAGCCGAGCAUUUCUCUAUGAUUCGCGCGUCUCGCUGCAAGGCAGGAUCUCCAGGAGCGGGGGGGACUCUGUCGGGGCCCCCUAAUCUGCCAGGGCAAAUCACCAUCCAGGUGCGGGUGCCGUAUCGCGUGGUGGGACUGGUGGUGGGGCCCAAGGGGGCCACUAUCAAGCGCAUCCAGCAGCAGACUCAAACCUACAUAGUUACACCGAGUCGGGAGAAGGACCCGGUGUUUGAGGUGACGGGCAUGCCCGACAAUGUGGAAAGGGCCCGGGAGGAGAUCGAGACGCACAUCACACUGCGCACCGGUGCCUUCAUCAACCUGCAGGGCGACACCGACUUCCACAGCAACGGCACCGAUGUCAGUCUGGAGGGCCUCGGGUCUUUGAGCCUCAGUGCCCCUUUGUGGUCCAAGUCUAGGCACCUGCCCACGUCGGCCGCCCCCCUGCGCCACUCGGGCCGGAAGGCUGCACGGGGCUCAUUCCACAACGGCUUGAGCCCUGAGCAUUCUGAUGGGCCCCGCGGGGCGCCGGAGGCCAGCUGCCCAACAAGUCCUUUUUGCGCUGGUAGCAAGUUCAGCUUCAACGGGGAGUCCAACGGGGCUUUGGUGAGCCAGACUGCCGAGGAGCUUGGCUUCGAGUUCGGCAGUGCCAACAUCUGGGCUCCCCUAGCAAGCGGAGCCCAGCAGCGGCGUGACAGCGGGGCCCUUAGUGUGGACGCUGCGACGCCAUGUCUGUCACCCACUCUGCCUGGUGACUCCGCCCCCCUGGAGCAGCCGCUGGCUCGCCGUGCUCAGAGUGACCCGCUCGGCACCCUCUCUUGGCUCCAGGCUGGCGGCGUGAGCACCUGCUUCUCCGCCGCCAGCAGCAGCAGCGGAGGCAGCACCACUGGCUAUUCCUCCUGCUCUGGUGGCUCUCCCACUGAUUCCGAGGGUGGGGUUACGGCCCCAGGGCCGCUGGGCCAAUCGAGGGGUCGACCCACGGUGGCGGGGAUGACCGGCAGGCACUGCUGCGUGUGCUUUGAGAGUGAGGUGACAGCGGCCUUGGUGCCGUGUGGACAUAACCUCUUCUGCAUGGACUGUGCUGGCCAAAUCUGCCAGUCCUCCAAUCCAGAGUGCCCAGAGUGUCAGUCUCCCGUCACGCAGUGCAUGCGCAUCUUCUCUUAGUGUCCAGCAGAGGGAGCCAUUCGGAAGUCUGUCCUAACCAAACGACUGCCGUACGCAAGCUGUGAACAUGCUGUAGGAGGGACUCAAGAACAUUUUUAGCAAUGACACUAAAACUGUUAUUAUACAAAUGAUACUAUUCUUCACCAUAAUAAUGUUAUCAAUAAGCAAUGCUGCCUGAUGUGAGUGGUGGAUCAUUCUAUAGAAAAUUUCAAAAUUGAAUUUUUGGGUGCAAAUACCCAAACGUCUUAUUUUCUUCAGGCAUCGUUCUUAUGUAUUUGCCGUUUUGCUGUCAUUCAUUUAGAUUAAUGUUGUUUUUUUUCUUGCUACAGAUCUCUGCAGGUAUUUCACCCAAAAAUUCAGUUAAGGAUUUUGUUACUUGGAGCUAUUUUUUCAAUUAUGCUGUGAAGGUCUGAUGCACUUCUUACGUUUUUUUUUUCCAAGUUUAUUUCCUAAGUGGAAAAUAAUCAAAUGUUUUGGUAAAAUAUUUUUUUAAAGAGUUCUAUCCUGUAUAAAUGUUUUACUUGAUAUCAUGUUGACCUGAACUAAGGGGAAAUAUUUGUGACAGUAGUGCAGGCACAGUAGAAGAUGAAAGUGCUUGUUGUUGGACAGUUAGUUUGAUGGCUAAGUGUGUAUUGCUGGGUUCUCAGAAUGACCUUUGGGUACAGCCAUAACCUUGUCACUUUGUUGCGUUUGCGUAUCGCGACGUUCAACAUGACAGCACAUUCGCACACGUCUGACCAAAACUUGUAUAUUUGAUUUUGAUAUAACUACACAGAAAACUCAAUACCUGAUUUGUAGUAGGGUUCUCGUGUAAGUUCUGACUAACCGCCAUGAGCAUAUCACCGUUCUCCGAGCUUCCCUUUUUAUUUGCCGAGUUAACGUCCUGGUUCUGUGCGGUAGCUUCCUGCUGCUGUGCUUUUCCAUGGUGAGUCGGUCCGCUUCAGCAUCUCUCCCCUCAUGACAUUCUGGAGGGCUGAGAGAAUCAGGCCACCUACCAAAUUCGUUUGGCUCUUUUUUUUUUUUUUGUCAUUCGUUAACUUGCUUACAUUAUUGAGGAGAAACUUGCUGCUUAUCAGUUCACUAACAGAUCAACGUGUGCAGCCUUUUAAACUAAAAAAUUGUAUAGAUUUUAUUAAAUUCUUGCACAUGUUUCAUGCAGUGGAAUUCUCCCAGUGGUGUUGCGGUGUUGCUUUUGUUUUCAGGGGCACAACAGAUAACACUUUGAGGUACUUGGCUGUAGGUCGGUUUUGUAUCAGUUUACAUGUGUUCUUGAAGAUCAUAGACGUUUGGAUUGAUGAUUUUUUUUUAAUGCACUGCAAAGGGUCUCAGAAAGCGACACACAAGAAACCUCACUUCUCUCUACGCUGAAAUUAAAAUCUGCCGACUGUAUGGA